AUGACGUCACGAUCAGCCAUAGAUGCCAUGAAUAACCAUUUGUUUCGACAUUUUUCUUCUCCCAGAGAAAUCAAGGACGGCGCAGAAGUGUAUAGCAAGUGUCAGCAAUACAACAUCACCCUCAGUGACCUUGACCUGACCUCGGAUCCUGCUAGUUUUGCAGCGAAGGCCAAUGCUACGUAUGAACGCAUAGCCUGCCAAAACGGGUGGGACUACGACCGCUCCUACUACGACGCCACCCUCAGCACGGAACACGACUGGGUGUGCAGCCGAGACACCCUGGCGGCCAACUGGCAGUCCAUCGGGGUGGCGGGAAAUGUCGUCGGGACCCUCAUCUUCAACUCGCUGUCGGAUAUCCACGGUCGCCGUCCUGUGUUCGUGGUAGCUGCGAUGAUGUACACCGUGUUCGGAUUGGUGCGAUUGUACGUGACGAGCUACGAGUGGAUCAUGAUCACGAUGUUCUUGGCUUCGACUUCGUACCCGCCGAUUCUGGAACUCUCGUAUAUCAUCGUGUUGGAGCAAGUCUCCCCGGGUUGGAGAACGAGGAUCUCCUCCACCACCUUCAUCCUGUGGACCUUCGGCAUGAGCUUCCUGCCACUCAUCGCUUGGCUUUCGAGAGACUGGUUCACCCUGGGCCUCAUCACCACCGUCCCCUCCUUCGUCUCCGUGUUGGCUUGGUGGUUCCUACCAGAGUCCCCUCGAUGGCUCCUGUCUUGCAAUCGCUUAAAAGAAACGGUAGAUCUGUUAAGGACAAUUGCUCAACGUAAUGGACGUCCAGUACCUGAAAAACUCGAGGAGACAGUCCAGGUCCUCGCCAAUACUCAUAAUACAGAGAAGAACUACGGCUUCAUUCAACUCUUCAAAUACUCCAAAGUUAGAAUGAGGACUCUACUGCUGACAGUAAACUACACUUGUAAUAACCUCUUCUACUACGGCCUGUCUUAUAAUACGACCAACAUGAGUGGCAAUGAGUUCAUCAACUUUUUCUUGCUUAGUAUAACUGAGCUUCCCUCAACUGUCUUGGCUUGGUGGGGGGCUUCUUACAUAGGAAGACGAUGGACAGAGGCCGGCUGUUUUCUCAUGGCAUCAGUAUGUGCUGUCAUUGCAAUUUUUACCUUGAAUAGUGCUGUGUGGCUUAACAUCUCCAUACAUAUCCUGAGCAAACUAUUCAUCACUAUGAGCUACCUGGUGGUAUACAUUCAGUGUGCAGAAAUUUAUCCUACAACUCACCGAGCUGCUGGGACAGGAUUGUCAUCCCUUGUUGCAUCAACCUUUGGAACUACUGCACCCUAUAUUGCAUUUUUGGCUGAUCGCAAUCCUUGGAUUCCAUACGUCAUCUUAUUCUCCAUUGGCACUCUUGGCUUCCUGUGUAGUUCCUUUCUCCCAGAGACCUUAGAUGCUGAUCUCCCACAGUCCUUGAUGGAUGCAAACACCUUCCUCGCGUCUGAGAAAUACUUCUCUUACAAGGGAAAGCGGCCGUGCACAAAAAAAGUUGUUGUGAAUGAGACCUCAAGGCUCAGAGGUGAAGUAAACUUGGCACAUUCCGAGAUUAAUAUUUCGAACACGAAUGGUAAAGAUGACUGAUGUAUAUAUCUAUAUCUUUUUAUUACUUGUGGAGAAAGUGUUAAAGAAAAUUAAAAUAAAUCAAAACAGUAAUCAUUAGCUGCAUGUUAAAUGCUAUAUAUCAUUAUAAUUUAGUUGAUAAUCAUAGUGAGGUGCAAAAUAUAAAUGCAUAUAUUAUUACAAUACUUAUUGGUGAUAUGGUGUAAACUGACACGACAGUCAGUAACACUAAUAAAAAAUACCCCUUUUAUGUAAUACAGUCUUGGGGGAUUCACUAUUGCACUUGCAAACUUGUAUUCUAUUUAUAAAUAGUCCAGUGAAAUAUAUUUAGGGGAUUCAGUAUUGCACUUGCAAACUUGUAUUCUAUUUAUAAAUAGCCCAGUGAAAUAUAUUUGCUUUCUAUGUCAAGGGCAAACACCAGUUUUUAUGCAUGUUCUAAACAGGAUCUUAGGCUUAAGAAUUCACUUUGAAAAUUGAAUAAUUUAUACUAAAAUGGUGCCAGUAGUAUUUUACAAAAUACUCUAAAAAUAGAGAUAAGCAAAUCGCAGUUUAUAUUUAUACAUAUAUCUGUUUGUAAGUUCCAUAGCUAUUAACCCUUUUCUUUUUUAAUUUUUAUACUCAAAUAUAAUUCUCUUUCAUAUAUUGUUCUUAGACAUGUUAAAUAAAUAAUUAAGUAUUCUUUGUCAUUCAGAUGCACUUUAAGUAAGGGAAGGCAAAAUCUAAAAGAAGCAAAACAGUUUUGAUACCAAUCCCCCCCCCUCCACACGCACACACACACACGCACUCUCUCUCUCUCUCUAUAUAUAU